AUAUUGUGUAUAAAAAACAACAAAACAAAACAAAAACGUGUUUUUCAAUUGAUUUUAACCAAAAAAAUUAAUUAAUUAAUUAAUUAACUAAUUAUUAACUAAACAAAAGUCUGGUCAUUACGAGAGACAGAUAUGUCGCGCCGAUAUCGUGCCCGCUAUGGCCCGAAAGGCCGUAACAAUGUGAACAAUAAGUGGUCAUCGCAAGAGUCGGGAGGCGGCGGCGGCAGUGGUGGUGGCGGACAUGAUAUGACCGACGGCAGUGAUAUUAAUAUACGGAUCAACAACAAUAAUAAUAGUAGAGGACAACGACAGAUACGAUUGACUGGCGGUCGCGAUGAUGGCGGCGGCGGUAGUGGUGGUGGUGGCCAACAAAGAUUUGGUGGUCAGAUGCGUCGCGGCGGCGGUGGUAGAGAUAGUGGCGGCGAUCGAGGCGACCGAAGUUUUGCCAAUUGGUCAAAACCUCAGUUCAGAGGUGGUGGUGGCGGCGGUAACCGCUGGAACAGCAAUCGUGGCGGCAGUGGUGGUGGUGGUGGUCGUCGCGGUGGUAGUGGCGGUAAUUAUCAGUCCUCAGGCGAUCGCAAUCAAAACUAUGACGACCCGGACAGCCAAUGGUUUAGGAUUCAUAUACCGCACGGCAACAAAAUGGACAGACAGCAACUGUUGCAGCUGAUCGUCGAUGGGACACAAUUGACAUUUACACCGUAUAACUUUCGUAUGGAAAACGGUGGUGCCGUAUUUUUUGUGCUCGGCGUCGAUACGGCCGAUUCGUUGCGAGCGUUUAGCCGCAAACUGACCGCACCGAGCGGCCACAAACUAAUCAUAUUGACCAACCGUUCGGCAAUACCGCCGACACCGAUCGACGAUGAAUUGGUAAACAUAUUGAAACAAGUGAUGAGUGUACGGUACAGUCCGGAUACCCGUGUGAUGGAUCUGCAGAAACUGCGCGACGAUAUCCAUCUGAAACAAUUGGGUCUCUAUGUAUCGCUGGCCCGACCCAAUGUCUUCAAUCAGAUUGUCCAGAUUAUUAUCGAUAAUACACCGGAGAUUGUGGCCCUUAAUCUACGAGACAAUAAACUGAGUUCACUGGAACCGCUGGUCAAACUCGGAACUUCGUGCGAUUCGCUGAAAGCGCUGGAUUUGUCGGCAAAUCAGAUACGAAAUGUCACUGAACUGGACCACAUUAAGGCACUGGAACUGAUCGAACUGGCACUGGAAGGCAAUCCCGUAUGCGAGACAUUCGAGGAUCAGGCCGUUUAUAUCAGCUGUAUUCGGUCGCGAUUUGCAAAACUGGUCAAAAUGGAUAAUGAAGAGCUACCACAAGCUAUCGGUUUCGAUGUUAAAGAAACGGCAAAUUUGCCAGAAAUACGGGAAAGUUAUCUGCCGGACACCAACAAACAGUUUAUAUUUGGAUUUUUUGAAGCCUACUAUAAUAUCUAUGAUGCCGAGGACAGGCAGCCACUGCUGGAGGCCUAUCACGAUCAGGCAGUCUUUUCGUUUAGCAUAUCGAGGCUUAACGCAAGUAGUCACCAAUUCAUACAGAAGCUGAUCCAGGAUUCGCGAAAUCUGAUGCACGUAAAAGACGUUUCCCAACGAAACAAACUGCUAAAGACUGGCAAAAUCAAUAUCGUGUCGACACUGUGCGAAAUGCCGAUGACCCGACACGUUCCCGAUUCGUUUACCAUUGAUGUCGCAUUUGCCACCCAAACCGUUAUGAUCGUCGUAGUCAACGGCGUCUAUCACGAACUAAUCAAACGCCAGCAACCGUUACGUGCGUUUUGUCGUACGUUUUAUAUUGUACCUCACGGUUCCGGGUUUGUCAUCGUCAACGAUAUGCUACUGUUGACCAAUGCUACCGUUCAGCAGAUCCAAAAGUAUGGCAAAACCGCUCAAAACAAUAGCAACAAUAGUUCAACUAAUCUACAGAAAAGUAGUGGUAGUGGCGGCAGUGUCUACGAUGUGAUAAUGUCACCGUCGGCCGGCAAAUGGGGCGCCAACAGUGGUAUAGGAGCCGGUGUUUCACGUUUAGCCAUAACACCGACAGCAACAUCAUCUAUAGUGGCGACACCGUCGCCGACGGCGGCGGCAACGAUAACACCGAUCAAAGAGCAAGUGUUGGUCCAGUUUAUGAACGCCACACAAAUGAAUCGGUCGUUUGCCGUCCAGUGUCUCGAAGAAAACGGUUUCGAUCUGAACACUGCCUACACUGUCUUCGAGCGACUGAAAGCCGAAAAUAUGAUUCCCAGCCAAGCGUUUAGUCGAUGAUAGGAUCAGAUUGAUUGUCAACAAAAACUAAUGAUAAUAAUAAUAAUAAUAA